UCGUAAAAAUUUUGGACCAAAACUUACAAUUUAACAUAGGAAUAAUGAUGAAGAAGCUGAUGAUGGCUAGAGAAAUAUGGGUCUUUUAAGUAGACAUGAACAGGAACUUCGCAGUAAUCUUGUCUCUUCCAGCAACCUUCACUCGUGUGAGAGAGAGAAAUUCUCUCGCUCUUCCUCUCAUUUUCAUUUCCUCUGUUCCUUUCUCUCUCUAACGCAUGCUUUCUCUAUCUAAAAUUUGCCUUGCAUCACACACUCACUCAAAGAGUUAACUUUUGUGUUCAUUAUGCUUUAAGGCUAUUGCCCAAGUUCUUCUGAUCAUUUUUUUUUCUUUCACCCUUCUACUUUUCUUGAUUCUUUCUGAAUCUCUCAUUUAGUGACAGCUUCACCGUUUCUUAGUUUGGGUUAUUACUCCUUCUGCUAUGAAUUCUUUUGAAGCUUUCAGCUGAAGAGAUUGGUCGACAUGGUUGCUUCUUCCUGUUGUUUGUUGGGUUUUCCUUUGCCUUUACUCUUCUAAGAUCUGGUGGGAGCUGUGGUUCAUACGAUGGGACAAGAGACAGAAUUGGACUUUGACAGCCUUUGCGCUGUGGAUCUAAGUCCUAACACCGUUCUUCCAUCGAUUCCACGACGUUCGAGCAUUAAAAAUAGAAGCACAAGAAAAAAACUAAAGCAUGAAGAUUUUGUUUUGAGUGUAAAGGAUGAUUUUACGGAGAUUAAAUUUGGUGGUGGUCACAGGUCUCGAAAAAGUAAUUCAUCUAGCUUAAUUGAACAGGAAGACAAUGAGAGUAAAUGUUUUGAACUGAAUGUUGAGGAUGAUUUCACAGAGAUUAGAAUUGGCCGUGACCAUAGUUCUCAUAAAAGCAAUUCUCCUAGCCUAGUUGAAUUGGAAGAUGACAAAGGGCUCAAGCGACGUUCGAAGUACCAAAGCUCUGAAGACAUAGGUAAAAUAGAAGGGAUGGGGAUUCAAGGAGAAAGGAGAAAAAUAGAAAUUUCUCGUGAGGAUUACACCUCUUGGUCUUCUGGUAUUGUUGACUCUUUGUGUAGUUCUGACGAGGAAAAGCCAGAGAGGAGAGAUCUGAUAUUAUCUCUGGACACAAAAUUGAAUCAACCAUCAGUUAAUAAGGCUUGCAUGGGCCCACGUUCAUCAGAUAGUUUCAUUGAGAUCUACUCAGGUUUAGAGAACAGUGAAACUGUAUCGAAAGAUCCAAGCAAUCAGCUUGGAAAUGUUACAGGCAUUAGACCCCUUCACAAUGGCAAAAAACUUUUCAAGAGAGACAAAGUUCAUGCAUUGCAGAAGUCAUUCUCUGCUAAGGUAGAAAUGCCUAGCAAUCAUCUUCCAGUGGAAAGUGAUCUACGGUUUGGACACAGUCCAAAGGUUCAUAUAAGUCCUUUCAGGAAAAUUUUGGAUCCAUUUAUGAAAUCUAAGUCUGUCAGAAGUCGUUUCAGUCAUGCGGUAGAAGCUGGUAGAGAUAAAGCUAUUAAGGCAAUUAACUUGGAGAGAGAUGAGACAUCAAGUACACCAAAGAGUUCAGAUUCCGACUCUAAUUUUUCGAAUAAUGAUAAUCUCCACAAUGUUGUUGCAUCUUCGCCCGUUCAUUUACAUGGCUCUCUCAAGUUGGAGAAAAAACAUGGGAUGCCAUUUUUUGAGUUCUCUCAGAGCUCCCCUGAAGAUGUCUACGUGGCUAAGACAUGGAAGACAGGCAAUGCAUUUAAAUGGGUAUACACGUUUCAUUCCCAAGAUCAUCACAAAAAGAGUAAUGCUGGUAGUUUUGGAUUGAAUCACAGCUGCAAAAACUCCUUAAUGGUGGGUCAGAUGCAAGUUUCCUGUUAUUUAUCCUCUGAACUUCGAGAUGGUGGUUUUGACAACUCGAUGGUAACAGAAUUCGUGCUGUACGAUGCUGCACGUGCUAGACAAAGUACUGCAUCCCAAGGAAGUUGUGACUCUAUCCAUGAUGCUGUCAAACCUCCUAAAAGUUCUGAUACGGGCUUAGUUGGGGAACCUUUCAGUGUAAAUGAUGGGACUCCUCUAGAAAAAUUCAAAUUUCAGCGAAAACAUGCUUCUGAAAACUGUGAUCAUGGUUCUAUAGAUUCUUGCCCUUGGGAUUCAGCAGAUUUACAUCCAGACCUGGAAUCUGCAGCUAUUGUAAUGCAAAUCCCAUUUAGCAAAAGGGAGAGUUUGAAGUAUAAAAGAGGAGAUAAGACGAGUGGUAAAUUGAACUCGGCCAUACAAAACCUCUCUAAGAUUGAACAAAGGAAAGAGGAACCUCCGCAUCACACAACUCAAGAAACUCUGAAGGUGGUGAUUCCCACUGGAAACCAUGGUUUACCGACUGUUGAAAGCCAAGGCCCUUCCACGUUACUUGAUCGAUGGAGGUUGGGAGGUGGUUGUGACUGCGGUGGUUGGGAUAUGGGUUGUCCUCUACUAAUUUUGGGCACUCAUAGUAGCCACUGUGCUGAGAAUCAAGCACACAAGGGGAAACAGACUUUUCAUCUUUUUCAUCAGGGAGCAAAGGAUACCACUCCAGCAUUAACCAUGAAUAUUGUCAAAGAUGGACAAUAUUCUGUUGAUUUUCAUGCGCGAUUAUCAACAUUGCAAGCAUUUUCCAUUUGUGUUGCUAUUUUACAUGCGACUGAAGCCUGCAACGCUGUCCAGGUGGAGGAAACAAAAGAGUUGCAGCAAUGUAAUUCCUUAAAGGUGCUUCUUGAGGAGGAAGUAAAAUUCUUGAUUGAUGCUGUCGCAAUGGAGGAGAAGAAAAGAGAAACAAGAAUGCUGAAGGAAACGCCGUCAUCAUAUUUGUUCAAUCCUCCGUUUUCUCCUAUUGCUAGAGUUUAAGAUGAAGGUUGCAGAACUGUGUCUUGAGCUCUAAGGCCAAUUUGGUAAGUACAGAGUACAGAUAUCAUAGCCUCGUCAGAUGGUUCACUUUCACUUUUGGGAGACUUGACUGAUUCAAGUUAUGGAAGCUGCUUGAUAAAAGCUCCUAUUGAAGAAAUUGUCAAGGGACCUUCUCAGCAACCGCAUGAGCUCUCGGAGUCGGGGCAUUUGAUUUCUUUUGUAGGACGGAGCAAGAGCUUGCUUAGAGAAGCUGAAAUGACUAGUGUAGGAGAGACUUGGGAAGAUGCUAGUUGGGGAGGUCAGAUCAUCCUGAUAGGGAGGGUUACAGAACCCUUUUAUUUAUUAUUCUUCAAAAACAAAUCCUUUUGAAUAACUUGGUAGUUAAUUGUCCAUAUUGUAAUAUGGUAGGGAGAUGAGUAGCCAAUUGAUAAUUAGAGAGAUACUAUUGUCCUUCACAUUGAACUUUGUGUACAUUAUAUUGUUAAAGAGACAAAGUGUAAGUCUUGAUAUCAGUAAAAAUAUAUAUUUCAUAAAGUUUUGUCUUGAA